UUAAAUCACAGAGUUUCCCCUGGCCCUCAUCGCCCAAAACCCCGAGAAAUUCACCAACCAGAAAAGCGCCCCCAAAUCCACACGAGCAUUCCCCUACCUCGGCCGCCGGGGGAAGGGGGAAAACGGAAAAGAUCCCGUCCCAAUGGCUCUCCUCCCCCAAAUCCUCCACUCCCCUCACCCCCGCCUCGCCGCCGCCGCCUCCCCCUCCCGCGCAUUCCCUCGAGCGCCCCGCCUCCAUGCCUCCGCCUCCCGCCGGGGCUCCGACCGCGGCCGCCUCGCCACGGCGGCGGGCGCGUCCGGGUCCGGGCCCGGGCCGUCGUCGCCGGAGCCGUACCCCCCUGAGUCCGACGACGGGCUGGUGGAGCUCCCGCUGUUCCCGCUCCCGCUCGUGCUCUUCCCGGACGCCACCCACGCGCUGCACAUCUUCGAGCUCCGCUACCGCAUCAUGAUGCACACGGUGCUGCAGACCGACCUCCGCUUCGGGGUCGUCUUCGCGGGCUCCGGCGGAUCCGCCGCCGAGGUGGGGUGCGUCGGCGAGGUCGUCAAGCACGAGCGCCUCGCCGACGACCGCUUCUUCCUCAUCUGCAAGGGCCAGCAGCGGUUCCGCGUCGCCCGCGUCGUGCGCACCAAGCCCUACCUCGUCGCCGCCGUGCAGUGGCUCGAGGACCGCCCGCCCGCCGAGGCCCCGGCACCCGCGGAGGAUGCCGAGGCGCUCGCCGCCGACGUCGAGGCCCUCAUGCGGGACGUCAUACGAAUCGCCAACCGACUCAACGGCAAGCCCGAGAAGGAGGUGGGCGACCUGCGCAGGGGCCUCUUCCCCACGCCCUUCUCCUUCUACGUCGGCAACACCUUCGAGGGCGCGCCCCGGGAGCAGCAGGCGCUGCUCGAGCUCGAGGACACCGCCGCAAGGCUGCGCAGGGAGCGGGACACGCUGCGCAACACCCUCAACUACCUCACCGCCGCCUCCGCCGUCAAGGACGCGUUCCCAUCCUCGCCGUCGUCGGGGUGAGGUGAGGUCACGGAUGGAUGAUGAUAAGGAGUUUGUGGUGGAGGGUAUAGGACUAAACUUUCUUAUCACUCUUUUUUGCGCCCUUUUUCUUGGCUUUUCUCUUAUAUAUUUUCCGUGGCUAGGUUUUACUCGCAAGUGGUUAGCAUUUUAGCCUGUAAAAUUGUAUAAUUUGUUGUGUCAACUCAAGAAAAUGUGGAGCGGUGACGAUGGUCCUUAAUAAGGAUAAGAAUUUUGCUCUCAGAGAUAAACUCUGAUGCUUCCAGUGCUAAAUUGGAGCUGAAUUGAAGCUAUUAGUUGCCAUUGAUAA